AACACCUAUCACCUUGUAUUCAUUCAAUCCUCGAGACUUACAAUUACGAUCAGUUAGUUAUCAUUUAUAUAUACAUAUAUGCUCUGGAUUCCUGGCGCGACUGGACCUGGAUCUUACCAGAUUAACACCACCUUAGUUCCAUUUAAUAAUGACUCUGUGCAUCAGUGAUUACUGGCAGCACCGUCACUUUUAUGUUCUUCCGCCACCAGAACCCGGUUGGAUUGCAAUCAAAAGCCCCGACACUGCCAAUCAGCAUGAUGGUGGUUCUGGUAAACAGAGACGACGUCUUAAGCUUCAGGUGGAUGCCAUCACGGGAAACUAUUGGCUCAAGGAGCUAAAGCAACAACGCGUAUUGGUCCAAAGGUUAAUAUUGGAUAAUGGCGUCGAUGUGAUUUGGCUGGAAUUCCAUCCACCCGACAAGGAUACCAUUGAUUAUAAAUGGGCUGAUAUGCUUGCCUAUACCAUUUGGGAGCAUAUCGAGGUGGAGCAUAUGAUGUCCUGGCUGUCGACCCUAGGCGGUGGCUUUUCCGCUUUGGGGGAACAAUUCGAAAGAUGUGCUGAAACUGCUGGCAAAAUCUCGUUGAAGCAACUAAAUAUUGGCCUUCGUCUGGGCGAUCCUUUCUUGCAGGCGCGAUGUAAACUCUACUACAGCAUAUCCCUGAUUCAGCGUGGAAAACUGCGCCAUGCCAAGCACUUGAUACGCAAUCAAUAUCAAUUUGCCAAGGCCAAUGAGGAGGCGGAUCGACGCCUAAUCCGAAUGUGUCGUGGUAUUUGGUUGCGUCUGCAAUUCGAGUACCAUGAGAGAUCUAAAUUGGCUGAACAAAAGGACAUUUCAUAGUACCAUACCACAAAGGAAAGGAAAGUUUUCAAUUAUUGUAGAUAAAAUGUGUUUUGUAUUCAAAUAGUAUGUAUAUUUAUUUCGUUAAUAUUUUGUAAUGUGUAUACGUAAAAAAAAUGCAUUUACAUUUUAAAAAAAUGGAGGGUGUUGGGGGGAGAGUGGGAGUGAUAAUUGGAUAAUCCUUAUUGCUCAACUUCCGCCGUGCCGCCGUUGGAAGAAUAUUAUAUAAAAAGAAUAACUAAAAGAUUGUAGAACGCAAAAAAAAAAAAAGUAUAAAAUAGAAUGAGGGUGGGGGGGAAGAAAACAGAAGGUGACAGAAAGGGGGAAAAAAUUAAGCAAAACAAAAAUUAAACUACGUUCUUUUCGUUUUUCA